AUGACUGGUAUAUUCCUCGGCAAUAUUGGUGUUCAUUUUAACCAGAUUGUUAUCGUCUGCUUAGUGGUCGCCGCCGUUAAUGCUACAAUUCUUCCCGUUAAUUAUGGAUACGCCCCAGCUGUGAAAGUUGUUGCUCCUGUUUAUCAUGCUCCAACUUACGCACCAAAAGUAGUGGAGAAACCUCAGCCUUACGACUUCAACUACGAGAUCCAAACUGAUGACGCUGGUUCUCUUUGGCAACGAGAGAGUGGUGACGACUACGGCAACAAACAGGGCUCCUUUGGUUACCGUGAUGCUAACGGUGUCUACCGACAAGUGGAGUACGUCGCCGAUGAGGCUGGUUUCCGCCCAGUGAUCAAGACCAACGAGCCAGGUACUGCCAACGCCAACCCUGCUGACGUUCAGAUCACUGCUGAAGAGUCCCCAGUGAAAUACGAAGCCCCAGUGAAGGCUUACACUCAACCCAAGGUCGUGAAGAUUCACGCUCCCGUUUAUCAUCAGCCCGCUGUAUACGCCGCCCAUGUUCCCGUCUACCAUAAACCCGCCGUAUACGCCGCCCAUGUUCCCGUCUACCAUAAACCCGCCGUACACGCUGUUGUCCAUGCUGCUCCUUAUGGAUACUCUCAUUAA